UCUUAAAAAAAACAUCACAUAAUGUUGUCUAGGAUCAUAUUCUGCACUGCAGUUACAUUAGCAACAAUAACAGUAAUUGUUUUGGCUUUAGUAUCACCUGUUUCACACAACAAGAUCCAUUCAAAACCAUGGCUAGAUCUAUCUCUCUACAUUCAACAACCUCAAAACAUAACAACCUCAAAUACACAUGCUGUUCCAAGGGAAGAAGCCGGUGCAUUCGUGUUUCACCGUGUACUUACGGAAGGCCCCGAGAACACUUCGAAGGUUGUAGGAAAAGCACAAGGUUUCAUAAUUCCCGUGGAACGGUUUCAGCAAUCGGAAUUCAAUGUUUUGUAUCUGACUUUUGAUGCACCGGAUCAUUCAGGUAGCUUGAGUGUGGAAGCAGUGAAAGAUAAGGAUAGAGAAGAGUUUAAGGUUGUAGGAGGAACAGGUUCAUUUGCAUUUGCUCAUGGUGUUGCUGUUUUUAGUCAAACAGAUGGAAAAAGAAGCGAUGAAGGUUUGAUUUAUCAUGUUAAACUUGAGCUUGAAUUCCCAAAUCAUUCUCGAAAGUUACAUUGAUGGAGCAGAGUUUUUGGUUUUUAGUUCAUUUUUGGUUGCUGAUUCUUUCUUAUGAGAAGAAUUUUAGCUGAAUCUUUGAGUUUAUAUACAUGUUAAUCAUGAUUUUAUGAUUAAUAAUAUGUUGUUGUAAUUUGCUGGAGUAGUUUGGUUAUUUGUUUAUAAAGUAUUGUGUUUAAUUUUGUUGGGUGGUUUUUGAGACUUG